UCCAAAGAGACGAAAAUUCUGUCGGCUGUAGCAUCUCUCUGAAACUUUUAUCCUCUCUUUGAUUCUUCUUUCAGAAACCAAACUGUGAAAUUGGAGUUUCCAUCUUAUAGAAUGAAGUGGAACCACCUUAAACUGGCAUUUGGUUCGGUGAACCAGUUUCUUGUGGUUCAAACUGGAAGAUAGCAUGUUCAACAGUUAAAAGCAAGUGGAGGAAGUAGGAACCUACACUGCCUCAAACUUUCAAUGGGUGAUACUGUAAGUGGAAGGUAGAACAAGUAGAAUAUUGUGGUGAUGAAGAUGGUGAGACCAUUGGUCUCAACAGCUGAAAGUGGUUAUUAAUCAACAAAGUUAGUUUCACCUUUGAUCUGAGAAGUGAUGAGUGAUGAUCCCAUGUCUUGCUAAACGUGGCUUCUAGGAAGUAGGAACCCAUUGUUUAGUUUGGUUCAAUAUUGGUCCACCGAACCAUUUUCAUUAAGUAAUAACGGUUUUUAUUUGUAGUUUAUAAUCUGGAUUUGAUAAAACUGGUUUCUAGAAGUUUGAUUAUUUUAAGGUUUGGUUCAGUUCAGUUCUUACAGUUUUUUUUUGUGCCCAGUCCUAGUUUGCAUUUUUAGUGUUUCUUUAAUGAUUGUGAACUUUAGACUUUACCUUGAUUUACUAUCAUUCUGAGGCCGUUUAAGAUUAAUUAGUUCAAAGGAUCCUGUACAUUGUAACAGCUUGAAUGAUGAAAGGCAGCUUGAUGUUUAUAAUAAUUUUGAAAGAAACAGAUGGGUUAAGGGGAAAAAUGGUGUUUCUAGUUGUUAAAUUUUACCUCAAAAGGCAUGUGUGUAUUAUGCAAUGUCAUUGCACAAAUAACAUAUAGCAUUGUUGUGUGUUGAGAUUUUUCAACAUAUUUGUUCUGUUUGCACAAAUAUUAUCUCUUUUCCAUCACCUAGAUUUAUAAUUUUAACUUAUCUGUAUUUCUGAUCUUUGCUUUGUCAUAGUUGAACAUUAAAAUGAGCCGUUCACCAGAUCCACACCCACCCCGAUCUUUCUUCCCUUUUGGAAAUCCUUUUCGGAUGAUAUCACCCAAAGGCUCUCGCAUGUCUUCACAACUUCUUGCUGUAUUGCAAGCUUUUGAGGCAAGAUUGGCAGAGAGGCUGAAAAGGCUUGUGCCCAAAAGCAAGGAUGAAAUCCUCAACUUGUCUUGGAUGACUUUGGCUAUGAAGUCACUUUGUGAAACACAUAAUGACAUACGAAACCUUAUAACAGAGCUUGAGCUUCCUGUAAGUGAUUGGGAUGACAAAUGGAUUGAUGUGUACUUGGAGAUAAGUGCAAAUUUGCUGGAUAUUUGCAAUGCAUUUAGCUCUGAGCUUUCACGUCUGAAUCAGGGUAAUCUUCCUCUCAAGUGUGCACUGCAUAAUUUAGAAUCUGCCUCUUCAAAACAGUUUUCUCGGGCAUGUUCAUUACUUAAUGAUUGGGGACAACAAGUUAGUUCAAGGAAUCCUAGAAUUGAGAAAUGUAGCUCCAUUUUAGAUAAUCUUGUGGGAUCACUUGAUCUUCCCAAGGUUAAAAAUUCUGCCAAAGGUAAGGUUUUCAUGCAAGCUAUGUAUGGAGUCAAAGUAGAGACUGUAUUUAUUUGCAGUGUGUUUGUUGCGGCAUUCUCUGGCUCUCCGAAGAAGUUGUUGGAUUUGAAUGUGGCUGACAUGUAUUCAUGGGCUCCGGCUUUUAGAACUUUACAGAAUCUUGUAAAUGAGGAAAUUAGAGUUAGAUUUUCCGGUGGCAAAUUUACUGUAUUGAAUGAAUUGGAAACAGUUGAUACCUCUGUUAAGGAAUUAUAUCCUACUAUCCAGGGUGGUGUAGAUAACGUUGAGAAAGAAUCGCUUGUGAAGAUUGUUGAGGAAUUAAGUAGAGCUGCAGAGAAGCUUUCACAAGGAAUAGAUCUUCUUGCUAAGGGAGUGGAUGGAUUUUUUCAAGCCGUUCUGACUAGUCGUGAUACUUUGCUGACCUCCGUGAGGUUUGAUAAAUCUGUAAAUGAUCGUGUCCCAGGCCGUAACAUAGGUCAGCAACAGCAAAUAGUCCACUGAUUUCAAUAGCCUAACUGGUAGAUAGUGAUGGGUUGUGGGGUUUUUCUGUUGUAGUAUUAUUAGUAUUCAGUCUUAGUUGGUUUCCUAUAUUUUCAGGGUAUGUGAUAGUAUUAUUGAGCUGAAAUGUAUAUGUGGGAGUGGGUUGUUAUGUAUAAUGUCAAACAAUUAAAAAUAUAUGAAAAGUUUUAUUGUGCCUACAGAAGUUUGUUCACUUGCAAGGUGGUAUCAUACCUCGAGUAUCUAUCAUUUGAUAUUACACUUCUGAUAAAUAUGUGAUUUAGAUUAAGCUCGUACUUUGUUUUAUUGGUUGGAUAUAUGGUAUGUGUUUAUCGUCCAAUUCUAAGCCGAACAUAUGAAGUACGCAUAUUUAUCUGUGUCAACAUAUGCUAUAUUUUCUGAACUUCAGUUCAAGUUACCGUCUGUGAAAUUUCAUCAUUAAUUAAAUGACUAAUUAUCAGUAUAUUUCUUAUUUAAUAAUAAGCUUAAGUUUAGUUUUCUUGAAACUUUAUCUCGUACAUUUUACUCCUUGAAAAUUUUAAACGUGCGAUUUUCUCCUCCGUUUAAUCAGACGAUAUUAAAUUCCUUUUCUAUAUUAAAGUUUUUAACGUUUGAAUUGAAUCCUACAAAUAUCAGGGUUUUUUUUCCUUUCUAGUUUUUCAUAAAUAUAUUUUAUCCAAGACAUUUUCAUUCAAGAUACAAUUGGAUUUUGUGUCCAGACGUUCCUCUAAAUAUCACGGAUUAAAAAGACAUGUUGCCGUAAGAGUAGCAUUAACCCAUUCAAGAUCUAAGAGCAACUUUAACUCAAUUUCUUAUAUUAAUUUCUUCAAUAGAGAGAUUGACACGUUAGAACGGUUGCUUCAAUAAACGGCAAUUUCUUAAGGGA